GUGGGUCAGAGAAAAAUCAUCUGCCAAGACAAAGAUUGUGAAAUUAGCUUCGGUAUUUACGAGUUGUGUUUCCAUUGCAAUGUACGGCAGCACAAACUUUAUAUCAUUUAACACCGUUUUCUUAAGACUCAGAAUCGAUUUGGCCCUUGCAAAGCUAUGAAUCAAACUGUCAGCUGGUAGCAAAUGGCCUUUUGGUAGAAUCAUGGGUUUGUGGAUGCACCUACUGACCUUCAAAAAUUAAAGCUCUCCUUUUAGACAUUUAAAGGCUAGAUAUGUAAAUGUCCUGUCUGGGUUUAUUUUUAUGCCUUUAAAGUUCAAGAAAGGGAAAAACUGCAAUGACGGACCAAAAGAAGAGAAUCCAACCAGCUUAGCGUAGCUUAAAUCGUCCAAAGUAACUUGAGCGGGUGCAUGUCGUGGCGGCCAUCAGCAUGGUGUUGCCACCACCGGACAAAAGGCAUGUGUGUCUCACCACCUUGGUCAUCAUGACAAGCAUGGCCUUCAUGGAUGCCUACCUAGUAGAGCAGAACCAGGGGCCGCGGAAGAUCGGCGUCUGCAUCAUCGUGCUGGUCGGAGACGUCUGCUUUCUCAUAGUCCUCCGCUACGUGGCCGUGUGGGUGGGGGCAGAGGUGCGGACGGCCCGACGCGGCUACGCCAUGAUCCUCUGGUUCCUCUACAUCUUCGUGUUGGAAAUCAAGCUUUACUUUGUCUUCCAAAACUGCAAGGCUGACCGCAAGAGCCUGGAGACAGUCGCCAGGAAGGCUCUGACGUUGCUGCUUUCCAUCUGUGUGCCGGGUCUCUACCUGGUUCUAGUGGCUCUGGACAGCAUGGAAUACGUUCGAACCUUUAGGAGAAAGGAGGACAUGAGGGGUCGGCUCUUCUGGGUGGCACUGGACUUGUUAGAUUUGCUGGACAUGCAGGCAAACCUCUGGGAACCCCAACGGACGGGUUUGCCCAUUUGGGCAGAAGGUUUGAUGUUCUUCUACUGCUACAUUUUGUUGCUGAUUCUCCCUUGUGUGUCCUUGAGUGAGAUCAGUGUUCAGGGCGACCAUGCGUCCCCUCAAAAAAUGAUGCUUUAUCCUCUCCUCAGUCUGGUCACCAUUAACGUUGUCACCAUUCUCAUUCGUGGAGUUAACAUGGUGCUCUUCCAGGACAGCCGGGUUUCCACCAUCUUCAUCGGUAAGAACGUGGUGGCCAUUGCUACCAAGGUGUGUACCUUCCUCGAGUAUCGGAAACAGUCGUUGGACUUCCCCGCUCGGGAGAACGCGACGGGCAUUCCGAUGGAAGUCCAGCACAACUCUGUUGGACACGGACAAGCUUUGCCGAACGCUACAAGCCUCCCACAUGAACCAAACCCAGCACAAGAGAUAAUGAAUACAUGACAUGAUGAGGAAAGUUUGGCAUAGUUGUAACUUCUUAUACAAAGUGAGUCAUUCCAUCUCAACUCAACCACAGCUUAGUAUUAUAUUAUAUUAUUAUAGAAUUUUUUUAAAAGAUACAAUGUUAAUUCCAAAUCUAAAAAAAAUAAAUAAUAGGAAUUAUCAGGAAUAAAACAUUCAUUCUGGAGGUGAAUCUGGAGCCUAAUGGGGCGUACACACCAAACGUGAAUUCAACGAUUUGCCCAAAUUAAUAACAUACAAAGUUAAUGCCAAGACCUGAAUAGAGGGGAACUCAUGCAAGGCCAUACAAAUGGCAUGUUUUUGUGCAAGUUGAAAAUAUUCAACUCAAGCAAAGAAUUUGCACGGCACAAAGUUAAAUCCCGCGAGUAAUCUAGAGCCAGGAACACGAUGCUUUGCGCUUUGUGUGUUUGCACCAUAAAACACAUUGAAUACAGUCACUCUGAAAAAGGGACUUUUUUAUUUUAGCAAAUAAAGACAUCUUUUAAUAAUUAUAAAACAAUUAGAGAUGUACAAAUUUUAGUUCACAACAUCUGUAUGACUGCUAUACAUGAAGAUAUUUUCAUGCAUAGUUAAUUUCAUUCAACAUUAUACCUAGCCUAAAUAUUGUACAUUUACAUUUAUGCAUUUGGCAAAUGCUUUUAUCCAAAGUGACUUACAGUGCAUUACAAGGUAUACAUUUUUAUCAGUCGGCUGGAACCCAUGGUGUUUUUUUUUUUUUUUGCUGCUAACGCAAUGCUUUACCACUGAGCUUAUACAUGAAUAUAACAUAGUUUUCAUGUCUUUUUGAAAGGUUUUGGUUUUAAACAUAAUUGCCAUAGUUAUACACGUGUUAUACCAUACACUGCAAAAAAUAAUUUAAGAUUUUUUUUUAUUUUUGUCUUAAACAUUUUUUAUCU